UAAUUUUAAUUUAAUGAGUAACAAUGAUUAUUUUGAUUAUUAGGAAUUUUUAACAAUAAUAUAAAUAUAUAACGGAGUGAUAAUUAAUGCAGAUAAAGAUUUACAUGUUCAUAUAGAGGAAUAAACGUCAGGCCUUAUUGGAUAUUAUAAAUGCGUUAAAAGAUGCGAAGACUGGAAUUAAUAUGUAACAUAAUAUUAUUGCGAAUGGGAUUAUAGUGUUAUCUCUAUAUAAUUAAUUUAUACAUUAUAGAAUGAUUACUAAUAUUUAACUAUUUGUAUGACAUAAAUUUUUGCGCAUUCUAUAUAUAUAUAUAUAUGUAUAUAUCUUAAGUACUAUUAAGUACGUAAUUGUUUAUUUAGCAAUUAGAAAUAUGUUAUCGAGAAAUCAUAAAUUUAACGUAUAAGUAUCAAAGAGCACAUAUAUUUUGUGAUCGGAAGAGUUAAAAAAUUGUGACAAAUCUGUAUUAUUCACAUGGUAUAUAUGAAAUGCAACAACAGUAGUGCAAUUGUUUCUUUAUACAAAAACAUUGGAAGUACUUUUAAAAAUAAUAACUAUUAUAAUAAUGCAUAAAGUGCAUUAAAUGAAGACAACCUGUUGUGAAUUUAAAUUCUUCCAAAAUAUGCUUACUUGUUAAGUUUUAGAUACAUACAUUAAAAGUCAGUUAACCAUGACUGAAAUCACCACUAAAGAUCUACAAGAAUUAGUUGUGUACUUCUCUAAGAAUAUUUAUCAGACUAAAGAUGAAUCGGAAACAAAUCAAAUUAUUAUGCAACGAUGUCUGCUUCUUAGCAGUUUAGAUUAUACUCUUUCGGUAAUAAAUAAUCAUUUAGGUGAACUAUGUGGACAUUAUCCGAGUCAGCUUAUUCUAUUACAAAAUAAAAAGUCAAAAAAUCCAGAUACAAAUGAUACAUCAUCGACAUCACUGCCAUCGACAUCACUGCCAUCAAAAAAUACAGAGACUAUGUGUGAAAGCAUGUAUGAUCCUAAUAAAUUAAGGGAAAUAAUAAAAAAUGCUAGAUAUGCUAGAUGUCGUACAAGAUUUCCACUGCCUGUAAUACUUUACAAUGGUAGACAUAUAUGCAGAUCAGCAACAUUAGCUAGUGGACCAGAAAUUUGUGGUAGAUUGGGAAUAAAUUAUUUCUUUCCAAGUAAUGGAAGUGUAUCUUCUCCUGUUGAUGAACAAUUAGAUGAGGCAAGUGGGAUACAGCCAAAGAAUAACGAUUGGCAAUUAUUUGACAGAGUUAGAAAUCAAGACAUUAAACUUUUGAAGACUCUUAAUGUAGGAACCAUCAUCGAUUUUAUGGUGGAAAAUAAGAAAGUUAAAUAUGGACUGAACGUGUCUUCUUCAGAGAAGAUAGAUAAAGAGAAGAGGUAUUCUGGAUUCGCCAUUAUUUCCUUGCCAUAUCCUGGUUGUGAGUUCUUCAAACAAUUUCGAGAGAAUAAUUAUUGCGCCAAGGGUUUAAUAUUCGAUUGGGCUCAAUCUUAUGUGGACGCACAAAUCUGUAUACCCGAAGAUACAAUCUCUUCUCAGUUACAGUUAAAAUGGGAUCACUAUCAAUUUUGGGAUCUUAUUAAAUUAACUAAAAAUUAUUUAAAACUUAUUUUGAGAUAUUUAAAUGAAAGUAAUAGUGGAUUGCUGGUUCACUGUAUUUCAGGAUGGGAUAGAACACCUUUAUUUAUCUCAUUAUUGAGAAUUAGUUUAUGGGCUGACGGUGCUAUACACACAUCAUUGGAUGUUAAUCAAAUUCUUUAUUAUACAAUAGCAUACGAUUGGCUACUUUUUGGACAUAAUUUACAGGACAGAAUAAACAAAGGAGAAGAAAUAUUUUUCUUCUGUUUUUAUUUUCUGAAAUAUAUUACCGACGAAGAUUUCAGUAUUAAUCAAUAUGAUAAUACAAAAAAUAUUUCUACGGAUAGCGAACCACAAUUGGAAAAUUUCAUAUAUGAUACUGAAUCUGUUAGUUCCAACUUAAGUCUGAGUAGUGGAUCUAGCAAAGAUAGUCAAGAUAACCCACCAACUUUGUUUUAUAGUGAAAGCUCUAAUCAAGAUGAUAAUUUUACUGGAAAUUUUGCACAAUUAACAAUUCAAAAUUCUCCUAGUAAGGAAGCACAAGGAUAUCGAUCCUCUUUUCCCCCUAAAAGAACGUCUCCAGUCGCUGUACCUAUGGGUUGUCGUCGACAACGAAAUGAAUCAACUUCCUCUGGUGGUUCAUGGCAAAUGAUAUCUGGAACUGGUAGUUUACGUGGUUCAACAACAGCUAACGCAUCUACUACAGAUGGAUCUAAUUCUUCUGGCUCGAUUAGCAAAGGUUUAUUUGAAAAUUUUGUAAAUCAAGGACAUGGAUCUAGUAAAGCAAUAUUGGAAGAUGACGAAUUCGUAUCACAAGUACAAAGUCGCAAAUAUAAACUGCAGUGUUUAAGAUCAACAUUUUACGAUGCUUAUAAACCUUGUGGAUUUCGUAUGAGAGAAAAUUCUGAACCGAGAGGUUUAGGUAAAAUGAUAAGUGAUUUAACUGCCUAAAGUAGUCAUCCAUAGAUGUUAAAUAUACAUUUUUAUAACUAAUAUGGUAUUAACGCGUUCGCUAUUAUGUCAUGAAGAAAAGAUUCCAAAUCUAUAACUUAUAUUUUUUAAUUGAUUGAUUCAUGACAAAUAUAUAUAUUGAUAAACGACAUGUGAAUUCAGGGUUUUAAUUGGAAUUGAUAUGUAACAAAUAAAUGAUAGCUGUGGCGAACACGUUAAUCAUUUAUCGCGAAUUAUAUCAUUAGUUUUUUCAUCAUUGAUAUCUUUCUUUUAACUAAAAUAAUUUUUCAAAUCAUUGAAAAGAAAAGGAAAGACAAAAUAAUAGAA